CGUUCGUAUGACGAAGAUACUGCCGCGCAAGAGAGCUGUCGUUUCAAGAUGGAUGAAGAGAGACUCGAUGAAGAGCGCGACCUGUUACGAUGCGCAUUGCCGCGCACCAACCAACUAUUGCACCACACGUCUUGCAAGCGCGCAGUCGAAUCUCGCACGCUUUAGUGAAAAGUGGGGAGGUUGAGCUUGACAGAACAAUGGUAAAAUCUGGAGUGCGUCAUCGCUCCUUUGGAGGGAACAUCGUAUGGAUGCUAAUAAACAUACGAUUGCUUAUUGUCUACUGCUUGCUCCUUGCUCUGCAUCAAUUCUGCCUCUGCGCCCUCUUAUUCAGUGCCAGCACAGAUUUUUCAAUUGUUCCUUCAUGCAUGUUAUGGCGUCUUUUGCUGUUGCAGUCGUGCAUCUGCCGCGGUGCAUGUCGGUGAGGCUGAGUGUCAUGGAUAUAUACUGUUCAGCUUCCAGUACCUGCUAUCUACAGCGGUACUGUACCUUUUUGGUCAGUGUAGCACAGUGGAGCUGAGCUGUAUGCCUCACAAAUAUAGACACCUGCAACAAAAGAGCUUGUUGUGUGUAAGACAACAAGCAUGUCACGAGUAUUUCCCCUUACAUGGACCGGCCAGCCCUCAGACGUACUCCGGGGCUGAGCCGAAGGCUCACA